AUGUUCGCGGCAGUUAAGUAUUUUAGACGCUUCCUCGAGGGCAGAGAAUUCCAAAUCCGCACAGACCACCGUCCGCUCACCUUCGCUUCAACUCAACGAUCAGACAAAGCCUCUCUGAGACAGCAGAGACACUUGGAUUUUAUCCUCCAGUUCACUGCAGACAUAGUCCACGUGAAGGGGGAGGAAAAUGUCGUCGCCGACGCUCUGUCCCGCACCUGCACCAUCUCGAUGCCGACGGCGCUCGAUGCAGGGCGCAUUUCAGAGGCCCAAGCGAUCGACGACGAGCUGCCUGAUCUCCUGGUUGGCUCCGCACUAGAUUUAAAGCAGCUCCGCAUCGAGGACACGACGUUUUUUGCAACGUGGUUCACGACAUCAUCAGGCCUUACCUCCCUCAGGCCCUCCGCCAAGAUUCACCAACAUAACCGCUCUGCUCUCGGCGAGUUUGUUACACCAGACAACCGGUUCGAACAUGUGCACGUGGACAUCGUCAAGCUGCCGCUGGUAAAGGGAUUCCAGUACUGCCUCACAGUCAUCGACUGGUUCACCAGAUGGCCAAUUGCAGUGCCCAUGCAGAAUAUGCAUCCAGUUCGAGUCUUCAAUGUUCACAUCGCUUUCCAAGAUUAUUGGAGCCGAACGGACUCGCACUACACCUUACCAUCCUCAAUCAAACGGGAUGGUCGAGCGUUUCCACCGCACGCUCAAGGCAGCACUAAUGUGCAACCCACACGUGCCCUGGCCGGACCUGAUGCCUUCAACCCUCCUUGGCCUUCGCACGNCACACCUUACCAUCCUCAAUCAAACGGGAUGGUCGAGCGUUUCCACCGCACGCUCAAGGCAGCACUAAUGUGCAACCCACACGUGCCCUGGCUGGACCUGCUGCCUUCAACCCUCCUCGGCCUUCGCACGGCUUUCAAGGAGAACCUUCAGGCAUCUCCGGCGGAGAUGCUGUUCGGCAUGGCCUUACGCAUCCCCGGAGAAUUUUUUGUUUCAGAUAGUUUACGAGCAGAACCGCAGAAGUUCCUAGGAAAGUUCCGGAAGCUCAUUCGCGCCGUGAGACCGGUUCCGGCAUCUGACCACUCCAAACGAUACCCGUUCCAGCUCAAGGACCUGCGGACGUGCACUCACGUUUUUAGGAGAGUGGACUCCUUCCGCAAACCUCUGGUGCCGCCAUAUACGGGUCCACACGAGAUUAUCAAGAGGCUGAACGAAAGAACCUUCGUCAUUCGCAACAACGACAAAGAAAAAACCGUCUCUACUGAUGGGCUAAAGCCAGGUUUCAUAGAAACAGAUGACAAGCAGCCGUCUACGCCAAAAUCAACCAAUUCCGCACCUCGAACCACCUCACUCAAGAAAAGG